CUGACUGACAGUUUGACAGUUGUGAAUUCAUGAAAAACGUGCAAUUUGGGUGUUUUGGUUUUAUUGUUUUUUUAAUAAAAUUGUGUAAUAAUUAGUUAACUACGAAUCUCCAAUGUUUAAAGAUGGAAACGAUAUUAAUAUUCUAGUCAAUAUAUCAUAAUACAUAAAUUGAAAUAGCUAAAAUUGCCAACAGCACUUUACUAACCCAAGAUGCUGACCCGCAGUGUGGCCGGCCCCACAUUACUGAUGUUCAACAUAAAGUAUGCAGCAAGACACAUACACAGUCUAUCUAAAGCACCCUGCAUCUGUCAACAAGCCCGCAUACGGACAACACUGCUCCGAGCAUGCCAGCAGUACCAGCAACUACGAGUCAAGCCACUGGAACUAAUACGGGUUUACUCCACACAAAGUGAUCACCAUAGACAAAAAGUAGUCAUAGACACCUCAGAACCUAAAUUAGUUUUAGACAAAGAGGAUAAGUUAAAAACUGAAGGCAGAUUACGAAGUAAGCCCCUGUGGGAGCAUGUUGAGCCAUAUGUGCAGUUAUCCAGAUUAAACAAACCCAUUGGUAUAUUCCUCCUGUACUGGCCAUGCAGCUGGUCCAUCCUGCUGGGAGCCCUGGAAGCCGCGCCGCCCGCGCCCGCCGUGGCCGCGCACCUCGCCACGUUCCUCGCGGGCGCCGCGCUCAUGCGCUCCGCCGGCUGUGUCAUCAACGACCUGUGGGACCGGGAUAUUGAUGCGCAGGUAGAGCGCACGAAGUCCCGGCCGCUGGUCACGGGGGCGGUGUCCCCGCGCGCGGCGGUGGCUCUGCUCGGGGUGCAGCUGUCGAGCGCGCUGGCGCUGCUGCUCACCAUGAAUUGGUUCACCGUGGCGCUCUGUGCGAGCAGCAUGGUGCUGGUAGUGUCGUACCCGCUGGCGAAGCGCGUGACGCGGUUCCCGCAGGCGUGGCUGGGCGCGGUGUUCUCGUGGGGCGCGCUGGCGGGGGGCGCCGCCCUGUGCGCCCACGUGCCCGCGCCCUGCCUCUACAUGUACCUCGGGAAUGUGGCGUUCACUACUAUGUUUGAUACUGUCUAUGCUUUUCAGGACAAGUCAGACGACGCGCGCAUCGGCAUCAACUCCACAGCGCUAACCUUCGGGGCGGGCGGCAAGACGGCGCUGGCGGCGCUGGGCGCGGGCGCGGCGGCGGCGUGGGGCGCGGGGGGCGCGGCCGCCGGACUCGACUGGCCCUACUACGUGGCCCUGGCGGGGGUGGGGGGGCAUCUGGCGCACCAGAUCUACACGCUAAACCCUGACGACGCGGCUGACUGCGACCGCAAGUUCCGCUCCAACUCGUGGGUGGGUCUACUCCUGUUCCUGGGCGUGCUGGGCGGCGGCUGGCGCCAGUACCGGGACCGGGCCUACCCGGCGGAGACCCCCGGUGAGGGCAGUGCGUAGCGUGGGACGCCCUUGCGCUGGACGGCGACCUUAGAUAGAUAUGCGAAUGAGUAGAAUUUCCCGCCCUAGACGAAUAAGGUCCAAAGUGGUAUACAGUGAGUAGGUAACGAAUUCUAGCUUUUCCUAUCGUUUAGGACCGAAUUGAUUGUUUUUACUGGGUUAAAAUAAAUUGAAUGUUGUUGUAGGGCUGCAAUCAAAGUUGCUAUUGGUACUUGUGUUGCACAGAAACACCGCUAGAUCAAGGUUUUGAUCUAUACAAAGCUCAAAUAACAUUACUUUGUACAUAACUAAAUCUAUCACAUAUUUUGUUAAGUUUGAUUACGCAAGAACUAAGUUGGUCGUGUAAAACAUAAUAAUUUAAGUUCCUAGGAAGUAUUUCCAGGUGUAAUUAUUAGUUCAAAGUGAUUUAUUUAACUGUACGAGUUACCAAAGAUGGUAAUUUACUAGUUUAGAGGGUUAGGUAUGAUAUACCUAGUAUUAUUAUUAACUACCUACCUGAUUUUGGCAUUUUGUUAUUAAAAUAUGGUAGAAUCUAAGGCCUAAUAAGCGAUUCUGAAACAACAAAUGUAUCUUAUGUUUUCUUUUGUUGAACAGAAUUUUAAGAUAAUUUAGAAUUGCUACCAUCAUUUGAGACGAAUGUAAUUUUAUUGUACAUCAUAAUAAUUAUCUAACCCACCUACCAACCGCUGAGAUAUUGGAAAACUAUGUCCGAUUCCAGCUUGACAGAUUUUUAAGUAACAUAGAUUUACUUGGUUUAACUUGGGUUGUGUUUAGAACUUGGGUGUCUAUUAUAUUUAUGUACCAGUGCUGUGAAUUUACCUAGUUUAAAAAUAUAAUAUGUUGUAUCCAUUUAAUUAUUGUUUCUGUAUAAUAAAGUGUCUUGCCAUUUGCAAUGA